UAAGUGCUGCCGUAAUGCUGUGGCGGUGCUAGCAUUGAUUCUGCUGUUGUUAUAUGCUUGUUACUGGCUGGCUGUUCGAUUAGCUAGCUUGGGACAGGCAAUCAGCAAAAUCAGUUGUUAGGAGCAGUUGCUCUGGCAGAGGUGGAGGCGUCUGCUGUAUGGUGGCGCUGGGCUGUCUGGAGAGUGGAGCGGAAGCGGUACAGUGAUGGACAACCCCUGGACUAUCUGGGCAGCCCGAAAUGGCAUACCCGUGCCCUCAGAGGAUGAUCCCCCGGACUGUGAAAUUGAGUCGGAUUCGAUGUUGUUAAAUCGGGAAGAUGCAGAUCUAUUUGGACUCUGUCCAGCAUGGGACGAGUUUUACCUCGUCCGUUGCAAUGAAUGCCAUAAGGUACUCAAACCAAUGGCUCUUAAGCAUCAUAUUGAAUUUCGACACUCUAGAUCAUCACGAUCGCCGUCGACGACGUCUUCGGAGACAUCGAUUGAAGCAAUUAAUUCAAAAAGUUUCUCUUUUAAAUAUCACAGUAGUAGCAGUAGUAGUACGGCCAGCAGUGCCAGCACCAGUCGAAAUAAGCCUGCGUCCGUUAAGGUAAAAUUAACUACCAAAGUUGCCACCAAGGAGGUAAAUAGGGAUAGAGAGGUUAACUUGAUUCGUUCCCAGAAUUUCCAAGACAACCCUGCUUACGGCUGCCAAUCAUCAACCGGCAAAGAAGAUAGUGAGCAGUCGAGCAGCUCAAGUAGUUCGGUCAACUCUCCGGCCGAUAGUGCCAAGACGCUCGAGAUACCAGGUUCGAUAUCGAGCUCGGUUUUUAGUUUACGGGGUAGAAGUCCGACCAUCUCAGAAGAUCGCGUACUCGCUACGCCUGUUGUUGUCUUGACAAAGACUCUGCUGGUCAACCCGAACUCAUCAACUUGUUCUUUGCUCACACCCGACCGAACCACCGCAACAGACUCCCUCAAACGGCCGCUCGCGGCGAUUCCUGAUAGCACAUUGCCCUCAAUUAAGAAGAAAUUUUUGCCUUGUAAAGACCGUGAAUACGACCCAAACAAACACUGUGGAGUCAUUACUUCCGAUACGGGCAAACCGUGCACACGUUCGUUGACGUGUAAGACGCAUUCGCUAAGCCUUCGACGUGGAGUACCUGGUAGGCUGAAGGGUUUCGACGAUCUCCUUGCAGAGAACCGUGCCGCGAAAGAACAAAAGCCUCCUGUAAACAUUACGUCUGGGGAUUCUGCUCCACAACUAUCUCCUCCAGCGGUACAUCCCAGUCAGUUAGUUCUGCCUCCGUCACCUUCUGCGGUAAACGUAAUAGAUGCGCCAGCGCAUAGUUCGCCUGUUGGCGACGAGCACAUUUCAUUACACCAUUCUCCGAAUGGGCCCUUAGUACCAUCGUUAAUCCAACAACAGCAACAACAUCCAAGUCCAGCUUCGUCUCGAUCGACAUCACCCUCGUCACAAGUGGUAUUAGCCACACCGGAUGGCAAAUUGACUUUACCCGUUAUACGCUUAUCUGGAUCACCACCACCGCCGCCGCCUCAGCUUGUGCGCCAUGAUCCUGGACCUCCUCUUGCACAGCAGCUGGCUCAAUCAGGUGUCGGAGGAUUAGGGGCGGCAGCCGCAGCAGCUGCUGUAAGCGUUGUAGGGCCGGUGGGUGGUGUCCUGGCAGGCAUGGCCAAAAAUAAAACAGGCGGAGUGCGUGGGGGAGGACUAUUAUCGAGUCUGCGGAGCGCUGCGUCGCCCGUCCGAUCUCUAGCUGUGCCCGCCGAAAAUACCAGUCACAAUUUUACAGCAGGUGUACAGCCUAAACCAGCUGCCAUGUGCACAUUCGGAAUGCGUGUGCUUAGUUCGUCAAAUGUGGUGUUGCUUGAUCGACGGUGGGACGCAACCAGAGGGGCGCUGGCAGCUGCUUUGAGUCCGCAGAUAUUACCAAGUGGGCAAACCUCGUUGUUGAUCAAUCGACAGGGAACUGGCAGCAGCGCUAAUGUGGGGGGUCCAACGACAGGAACAGCGGGUUCACGACGGAGGGUUAAAGGGGCCCCAACGAGACCCGCAUCACCGAAACAACAACAACAACAACUGGCUAGAAAACUAUUGUCCAGUGUACGCGUUGGUGUCUCAGGCCUUUCAAGCUUAAGCAUGGUUUCUCCUCCUGGACAGCUGCCCCCAGCUCAACUCACAGCUGGCCAGUGAAUCGCGCGAGAGAGACGCGUCACAUUCCUACUUUGGCUAAAAGCUCCCAAGCGGAUUUCUGUGUAACAAGAUCAUCGGUGCAUUAAUCAAGUCAGCCAUCCUGCUUGUUGAUCGCUGAUCAAAGAAGUGUUGUUUCGACAAUAAUCUCGGCAAACGUAGUCUUUAAGCCUAAGUCUGAGUUUCAGCGUUAUUGCUAUCUUCUCGAGACGAUUGCAGCUAAUGAAGCAGUAAUGAUCAAAAAAGAUUAACUCAGUCAGUUUAAUUUACUGGCAUGUGGUCCCGAUCGCCGGUACCGAUGCAUCACAGUCUACAACACUUUUGUCUUAAACAGCCCUAUUUUGUCAUAUCCACUCCAAAAUGAUAAAAAAAAAGUACGUAUUUAGGAAAACAGUUGUGGCAUAUGUGAAUACUAAAUGCAAUCCUUUUUGGGGUGAAUGCCUGAUCUACUUCACAGUGGCACUCAGAGAAAGGAAAACAAUAAGUAAUAAUAACUUGAAUUGAUCAACAGGAAACCAAAUAUUUUAAUAAUUAGUUUGUUUUUAACUUAUUAAUGGCCAAACAGCUAACACGGGGUAGGCGAUAAAAAACAUAAAUAUUUUUGGCAACAGUGAGUAUCUAAACCGCACUGAUGUGUUAUCGCAUCUUACCGUCGCCUCCUGUAGUUUAUACGGAAAAAAAAACGAUUGUUCAUAGUCAUAUUGUAUAGGCGUCAAUCUCACAGUAAGGAGACAGACAAGGCCAAAUCUAAAUUUCUUUACAGAGGAAAAGUUCUUUGUAUGUGUAAAGUAAUAACAACAAACGAACGUAUUAUAAGGAAAUCAACUGCUAUAAACAUAUAACACCAAAUGUUCCAAUUUCAGUAUCAAAUGGUUGUCCGACCUUUUUCACCAGACCGAAAGCUACUUUCAAUAAUAUCAGUAGUUCCUUUUAUGGGCGUUACUGGUGACAGAUUUGACGCCGACAAGUAAGAGUGAUUAAGACCACAUGGUUUGCUGAUUUUAAAUAGACUCGGAACAAAGUUAUUAUAGUAUCGCAUUGGAGACAAGUGGCGUGUAAAGUUUAUUAAUAAAAACGGAUACAAUUAACAAAUGCCGGCGGUAGAAUCUGAAAAGUAGAGCUAUACACUGCUCUCAUGCUACUUUUUUUUUCAACUACCUAUAGUUUCACAGCUAGUGUCACUUUUUAUUUCGUAGUUUCGUAAAACGAGUGUAUCGUUAGUUCCAUUUUUGUGAAAACACGUAAGUAAAUGUCCACAAAAAUUGGAAAAACUGCCCCUUCAACAGAGCGUGAAAAUAUAUGUUCAUUGAGAUCAUCUUAAAUUCAUUUUGCCCGAUGCACUGAAUUUAGUUCUGAUCUACACAAGAAGUUACGAAGUUAACAAGGUAACUGACUUUCGUUUCCUUCCGCGCAUGUAAGCACAAACACAUAUAUAAAAACCAGCGAUGGUUUUAAGUUAUGUUCCAAGUGUCGGCCAGCGAUGAUUUUAAGUUAUGUUCCAAGUGUCGGCUUAAGUCUUGUCACGAACGAACUAGCCACCUAAUUAUACACAACGAUGCCGAUGCUGAUAUUGUGGUAUCUACGGAGAACACAUCAAAACGCUUAAAAUCAAACAAAAUCUGCAUUAUGACAUAGAUGUUAAUUAGAAGGCGGCAAUCGGAUAUAUACUAGCCAAGCAAGAGUUAUCAAGCUCAGUUAGUCAUAUUUUUUACCGCUAAGAGACACCUCCGAGGUUAAUUGUGGUAGAAUGAUAGCGUGAUUGUCGGCAUUAAAGCUACCGAAAUUCGAACCUUUUUAUUAAAAAGAAUCAUGUCAAAAAACACUUUCAUGUCACAGAAAGGGCUGUCCAAGUUAUAGAACUUCAAAAAAAAA